AUGAGUACUGAAGUAGAAGGUUUGAAAAAAGCUACUGAAAAAAAUGAACGUUUGAUGUCAGAGUUAAAAUGGAUUAGAGGUGAUGUUACGCAAAGAAUAUCUAAUGAUAUUAAAACAUCAAAACGUGAUACUAAUUCACUAGAAGUAAAAUUCAAAAUGUUUUCACGUAAAAAAAUUCUUCGUGUUGGUAAGGGGGAAACAAUUGGAAAAGUUAACGGAACAAAGGUUUAUUUUCACUAUGAAACAUAUCUUCCUGAUAAAAUUUAUUCUGGUGAUGAAUUUCCUUCUGAUCCAUCACUUUAUACAUGUAUUGAUAGUACUAGAAGAUCAUGGCCAAAAGGUUUUGGUAGAGAAAUGGAAAUUGUUAUUGGAAAACAAUUUCAACUUGAAUUUUUUGAAUAUGCUUUAUCAACAAUGAAAAGUGGUGAAGUAGCAUUUUUUGAUGCUGCACCUAAUAUAAUAUCAAAUUAUGCUACUGUUUCUUCUAGAUUACGUGACAUGGUUAAACGUGAAGUAGAUAAUAAGAAAAAUAAUGAAGUUCAUGUUAGUUCUUGUUGUGGAAAUUCAUUAAAACAUGGAACUGGAUAUGAAGAACUAGAUAAAUGGAAUGAAAAUCCAAUUGCUUUAAGAUUUAAAUUUGAGAUUACAAAAAUUAUGCCACCUGGAUCGUAUGAUCCAGAUGAUUGGCAAUUGGAUGAUUCUGAUAAAUUGAGUAGAGCUGAAAGUUUAAGACUUGAAGGUAAUGGUCUAGUUACACAAAAAAAUUAUGAAGGUGCCAUUGAAAGAUAUGGUAGAGCUUUAACAUUGAUUGAUCAACUACUUUUGAAAGAAACUCCUAGAAGUCCCGAAUAUAUAGCAAUAGACAUGUUGAAUAUACCAUUAUAUUCAAAUUUAUCAUUAUGCUUUUUAAAAUUAAAUAAAACAAGAGAUUGUAUUAAAACAGCAACUGAAGCAUUAAAAAGAGACCCAAAAUGUGAAAAAGCUUUAUAUAGACGAGCUGAGGGUUAUAUUAAUGAAUGGCAACUUCAAGAAGCUGAAGCUGACUUAGAAGCACUUAAAAAUAUCUCACCUGAAAACAUUCAAUUAUAUAAAAUUGGAAUGGGAAAAGUAAAUGAAGCAAGAGUCAAGCAUCAGCAAACACAAGCUAAAUAUGCAAAAAAAAUGUUUCCAAAUGCAAAUAUAAAUAAAGAGUAA